UGCCGCAGGAACGCCGAGAAAGAAACGGCGAAGGGCGAAGAGCAACGGCGGGAGGUGGCGCCAAAGCACUACAUCGGUCUCUCAGAUCCAUCGGCGACGGGAUCAGAUCGGGGCAACUGACCGGAAAAAUCCAAUUUCCUUGUCCAACUCCUCCUUGAUUUCUAGCUCGAUUAUUACUCCCCGUAAGUUCGACCCGCCAUCUACUUCUGUUUGAUUCGGGAACCGGAGAAUGCAGAACACGGCUCAAUCGUGGUUCACCGGCGGCCCGAGCAGCGGCGAGCAGCCUAAGUCGUCGCCGUCGCUGCUGGCGGACUGGAACGCGUAUGCCUCGUCCCAAGACAGCGACAACCCUCUCCUAGGGUUCGAUCUCGAAGCUGCAGUCCGUACGGCCAACGACAAGGUUUCCGGCACCUUCAAUGUGGUCUCACAGGGUAUGAGGGAUUUACCUGGGAGCAUUCAGUCUGCCACUAGCACUGUCCCGUCGGGAAAAUCCCUCAUGUACUUCGGUUUACUCCUUGCCGCCGGAGUCUUCUUCAUUUUCAUAGCAUUCACCAUGUUUCUUCCGGUGAUGGUGAUAAUGCCUCAGAAGUUUGCUAUCUGCUUCACAAUUGGCUGCACCUUCAUUAUCGGCUCUUUCUUCCCUCUUAAGGGUCCGAAGAAUCAGCUUGCUCACAUGUCAUCUAAAGAGAGGCUUCCUUUCACAGCAGUAUUUAUCGGGAGCAUGGUGGGUACAGUAUAUGUUUCCAUGUUCCUUCACAGCUACGUCCUUUCCGUGCUCUUCUCGGUUCUGCAGGUCCUUGCUCUGUCAUAUUACGUGGUGUCCUACUUUCCUGGGGGAUCUGCUGGACUGAAGUUUAUAUCAUCGACCCUAACCUCAUCGGUUUUCAGAUGUUUCGGAAGGUGACAUCAGUUACUUGGCUUCAUCAUAUAUUCCUCGGUUUUCGCAAUACGAUAGUUUUUGAUAUCUGUUCUAUGAAGUGGAAAUUACUCUGAGAAAUCUGUAAUCCUACCUGUGAUGUGUGUCCUAGGAUUUAAAUUCCCGCGCUUUUAACUCUCUCCUGUGAAUAAAGAAAUUCUGGUUGAUAGAUAACCUUCGUAUCUAUUUUGGUCCAAUCAGUCAUGCUCCA